CUCUCCCUCAAUAUCCCGAAAACUUGAACACCACAAUCAAGCCUUUCGCUGAAUGUGCUCUUGAUCGUCUCGUGAGAUUGUAAAUGGCUUCGCGGAGGCCUGCCAAUCCCACUUCUACUUCCUCCUCAGACCAUCGUCGCGGAUCACUGCAAGAACAUCCAAUCCCAGAUUUCCAGACCACCCUCCGACACUUUGACAGUCGAGCCUCGAUCGCUCUUGUUGGUGUUCGUGGAGCUGGAAAGAGAUCUCUCGGUUUCAUCGCUGCCACCCACCUUGGUCGGAAGUUUAUCUCCGACGGAUUGUACUUUGAAGAGGUAACUGGGCUUAGCAAGGCUGCUUACCUUCAUCGAUAUGGCAAGGCGGAAUUUCAGACCCGAGCACUUGCUAUCUUUCAAUAUAUGUUAGCGAAAAACCCCCAAGACUGUGUGAUUGAUUGUGGCAUGAUUAGUGUUGCGGCUGAAGCACAUGAGCUACUCCGGCAUUAUUCGCAAACUCAUCCCGUCAUCCACAUUAUCCGCAACUAUGACCACCUCUCGCGCCACCUUCAACUCGGUGAGCAACAGGCGAGAUACCUCAAAGAAACCGACUUGCGACUCAGAGAAUGUUCGAACAUGGAAUUUUACAAUCUGUACGACAGCACAUGCGUCGCCGAGACGGAGACGAGUGCCGAAGAUUUCAACCAGACUUCAUCUUUUGUUCUCCAGAAGAUCAAGAUCGAUAUCCAGGCAUAUGUAGACUUUAUUCUGGCACGCGACCAAUCUGUACCUUCUAGCCCUUUUUCACAAUCAGCCCUGUUUCCAGAACGAAAAACCCGUUCUUAUAUCUCCUUCAUCCGACUAUCUGCAAUGAAGAAGAAUCCUGCAGAGCUUGACUGGGCAGAGAGUGGCGAAGAUGCCGUUGAGCUAUGCAUUGAUACCUGGGAGCCCGGAACUACCAAUGAUAUCGCUAUGUGGAUCAGCAAAUUGAGACGGCAGCUGGGUAUCCGAAUUGUUGUCUCGCUGGCCAAGUCCGGCACAGAAUCGUCGAGUCCAAGUCACGAAGCAUACUGGGAGAUGAUAAGAUACAUUCUGCGCCUUGCCGUCGACUACAUCGUUAUCGAUUUCAACAUUCCAUGGGCGAUUCAAAAGGCUUUGUUGUCAAGCAAGGGGCAAACCAGAACAAUUGCCGAGAUUCAUCUUGACCCAGACAGCCCUUCGACCUGGCUAGGUCGCGAACGACAGAUUUUGUGCGAAAAGGCACAGAACCUAGGAUAUGACCUUGUCAGAGUGACACAAUUUGCAACAUCAAGGCAAGACAAUCAAGAUUCCCUUCAAUUUGCAAUAGCAACAUCUCAGACAUUGAAAAUCCCGAUUAUCGCGUACAACUUGGGUUAUCUUGGCCGCACCUCGAAAGUCUUCAACAAGAUCAUGACACCUGUCAAGCGCCACGAGGCGGAUAUCACUAACAAUCAUGGGGACAUCCCUGAAGCCGGCGUGUGGCUCCAUCAGGUUUGUGCUGCAUUGUUUCAAUGCUUCGAGUAUGAUCCAUUACAUUUUCACGUACUGGGAGAGCUGGUAUCUUUCAGUCGCGCUCCAGCAAUGUACACUGUGGCUUUCAGGCUCUACGGAAUGCGCCAUGAGUUCUCAUACCGCGAUGUAUCCACCUUUGACGAGAUCUUAACUCUCGCGAGAGAUCACUUCUUUGGUGGGGCAGCAUUGAGCUAUCCUUACAAGGAGAUCGCCUUCAAAGCAUGCACCGUCACAAGUCCACACGCAUCUGUCAUCGGAUCCGUCAAUACUAUCAUGCCCCUGCGCCAAUUGCCAGGCCACAAGGCAGAUGCACUUGCCGAAAACGCUCGUCUCAGGAAUCGAGGGGGACCGGUGGUCGGCUUUUACGGGGACAACAGCGACUGGGAAGGCCUUUACAACAAUAUUCGACGGAGGCUCUCCCCACGAAAUACCGCCGCUUGUAGUAGGGGUGCUGGCCUUGUCCUUGGUGCUGGUGGCUCAUCUCGAUCCGCGGUCUAUGCCUUACUUCGCCUCGGUUGUCAAACCGUAUAUGUAUACAAUAGAACCCAUGCCAAUGCAGUAAAGUUGGCGGCACACUUUAACACGUGGUGUCAGACAAGAGAAGGAGGUUCUGGCAAGUCUUCUGUGGUUAUCUUGGAGCCAGAAGGAACUUCUUGGCCUCAGGGUACAACUCUCCCAACCAUUAUCGUGUCGUGUGUUCCCAUCAGUGUGUCACUCUUUGGCGACUCGGAUUUGCCUCUUCAGUUGCCUGAAGAGUGGCUUGGGAGUCCAUCAGGCGGCGUUGUAGCUGAUAUUUCUUACAACCCACCCGAAACUCCUCUUCUCAAGCAGAUCAAAAGUUUUAGAGAAUCGACAGGGUAUCCCUGGGCCAUUGUCAACGGCGUUGACGUUGUAUAUGAGCAGGCGAUUCUCCAGUUUGAACAGUUCACCGGCUAUCGGGCGCCACGACAAGCUAUGAAGGACGCGCUCAAGGUCUGAAAACAUCUGUCCGGUUUCCGCUUGCCAGUUUAGAUGCUGAUCCCCAAGGCUAUAUAACAGUUCUAACGCUCGCAGGCUCCCCGGUGGCAAGUGACUCCUUGACCGCUUCACAUACGGCGACUGCCGCGAGCCCAUCUUCUCCACUGCAACUUGGUUUCUCUUGAUUGCGAACUACCCGAAUGAAAUUUUCCAUUUGUCUUUGGUACACAUCUUGUUCCUGGUGUUCCAGAUGUGUUUCGGUCAAUUCGCUGUACCAUCCUUUUUCUAAGCUGACAGGAUUCCAGAUCAAAUUGUCAGGAACGCUUAAUACCCCGUAUCGGCCAAAGAUUCGGUAUGAAUCUUUCCCUGCAAAAGGGAAGACUUCAUUCUCGCCGGUUCCUCUUUCGAUAUUGAAAGGACUAGGGCUGUUGUCCAGGACCAGAAAUGUCCCAAUAACCCCAUUAGCAAACCGGAUAGAAAUUGCCGCUCCUUCUUCGGCUUGGUAUCCCCGCGUCGAGACGGACUUUUCUGCAUGAACCCUUGUUAUUGGUCCUAUGAGAUACUGCAAAAGAUCCAACUCAUGGAUGAGGUUGAUCAAGACGACUCCAGCGGUAGGGCCCCUUCUCCAGGCACCAACGCCCGCGAAGUAGGAGUCUGUUUUCAGAGCGGCCCACAACCCCGAGACACCAACAACUGUCCCUAUCGACCCAGCUUCGAGAGCGCUUUUCGCACUGAGGAUAGCGGCAUGCAGCCGUCGAUGAUGUCCGACGGCAACUCGCACCUCCCGGUCACGACAAAAUCUGAGCAGCUCAUGUCCGUCGUCAACGCUCGUGCUCACGGGCUUUUCAAUAAGGAGAUGGAUACCUGCAGAGGCAAGCUUGCGGGCUAUCGGAACAUGCGUCUCGUUUGGUGUACAGAUGAUGGCUCCAUCGGGAAGCUCAGAGGACCUGGACAAUAGCGACUCCACGUCUGCGAAGUAGGCACAGUUGUAACUGAAUGCCAAUUCUCGCCCGAUCGGUGUCGGGUCAAUGAUGGCAAGAAGAUGAGCAUCUGCAGAUUGAGAGAUGAGGCUAGCAUGCUUAGUUCCAAUGAUACCAGCACCCACAACAACAAGGGUCACCGGACUCCCGACUGCGAUGGAACCCAUGAUACACGCCUGAGGGUUUGCCUAAGCUACGAGAAAAAGUAUGACUUGUUGUGGCAAAGCACUUGGGCUUUCUUCGGUCUCGUAGGGUUACCAAUAUACAGGAAUAACCAAUACUUGUGUCAAGCAAAAAAUGGAGGUCAUUGAGGUCGAUCACUGCAGCCAAACCCACCAUAGCCUAGGGCCCCGAGAGUCCCCGCAUUCCCUCGGGAAAAGAAUAUGCCGGUUGGUCCUGGAGAGCAUUGUCAGACCGGAGUCCCCAGCUUCAUCGCGGACCGGGGAAUAAAUCAUGGACGGAUCAGAUAUGGUCAACGCCUAUUCUAAGAGAAUUUUCACCCUAACCGAAGCUACUUCUUUGAGAUGACCCCAAUCUUCAGUGGGAGGUCUCAUUAUGCACAACGAUGCAAUGAUGGAGACAUGUAUGAUUUCAUUGAUGGACCUAGAGCUGAUAUUUAUUUUUGAUAAUGUUCCAAGACUCUAUGCCUCGUUCCGCGUGUCGACGAGGAACUCCAGGAUCACUAGAUGCCAUUGACCGAGAAAAGAGUUCCAUGCUGACCCAGC